UGCCAAUCGCAUACCCCUCCCACUUCCUCCGGGGUCUACUCUGAUUGUAACACUGCUGAAAGCCUUCACGUCGAGAAGAACAUCUAUGGAUUGGAACUAGCCGCCUCAGCACAUCAAAUCUCCUGAACUUCCAUCCCCGCAUACCAACUCUUCCAACCAGGCCUACGGCUCCUACACAGCCAUGCCGAGCGCAAACCUCGCCGACUACCUGGCAAAGAACUACCUCAACGCCACAAACUCCUCCGACCAAGCAUCCGGCGACUUCCAAGACUCCUCCCGCCCCAAGAAGAAGCGGCGCAAGGCCAAAGACCAACCAGACUCCGGUCUAAUGAUCGCAGACGACGACGAUGCCCUUACCCUCAAAGGUUCUUCCUCAAGAAGGGACGACGAAGAUGACAACACCCCCACAUUCGAAACCGGCAUUAAGUCUGCCGAAUUCCGCAAGAAAAAGAGCGUCAACUGGAAAGUAGUAUCGACAGGCGACGAACCCUCCUCCAACCCCAACCAACCUACAUCCGCGGACGCAGACACCGAAGCAGACCGCAUCCUCGCCGAAGCCGCCGCUGAGUCCGACCAACGCCGCCGCGAAAUCGAAGACGAAGACGCCCCCGCCAUCGUCGAGACCGAGCAAGAUGAGGCCCCAAAAAUGUCCUCCGGCGCCAAAGCCGGUCUCCAAACCGCCGCCGACACUUUGGCUUUAAUCGAGCGCGAAGAACGCGAGCGCGCGCUCGAGAAGAAACGGUCUAAAUCCCGUAAAGAAAAAUCCCCCGAACAAGAGACUAUAUACCGAGACGCCACGGGUCGACGGAUAGAUGUCAGUAUGAAGCGCGCCGAGGCUCGCGCCGCGGAGGCCGAGAAACGGCGCGCAGAAAAACAAGCGAAGGAAGAUGCGAUGGGUGACGUCCAGCGGCGUGAACGAGAUGCUGCGAAAAAGGAUCUCGAGGAAGCGAAGUUUUUGAGUUUAGCAAGGGGAGCGGACGAUGAGCAGAUGAAUGACCAAUUGCGGCAGGUGCAGAGGUGGGAUGAUCCGAUGGCCCAGUAUAUGGCGGAGAAGGCGGCUGAGGAACGAGGUCCCCGAGACGCAGUCGCUACUAAAGGCACAGGUGGUGGAGCUGGCGGUGCCGGUGCUGGUGCAGGCUCGGCGAAGACGGUAGCGAAGUCGAGGUCGAGAGUAUAUGCUGGCCACGCGCCGCCGAAUCGUUAUGGGAUCGCGCCUGGGUGGCGGUGGGAUGGUGUUGAUCGCGGGAAUGGGUUUGAGAAGGACUGGUUCCAGGCCAGGAGUCGGAGUACGAGGAAUGCCGAUCUUGAGUACCAGUGGCAGAUGGAUGAGUAGAUGUGUGCUUUUGUGUCCUCAUACCUUGGAGACGCAAGAGAUGGACAUGGAUGUUCGCGUUCCUCGAUGGCCGUACACAUGCAGAGCAUCAAGAACUACAGUACCACGCAAUGGCACGACAACAAGGUCAGAAAAUCGGAAAGAUUUCUAAGUCGGCCAUCAUUCUCCAAGGACUCAAACGCUACCUGGUGUAGAAUCUAGUGAUACAUAACGCUACUGAAGGGGU